AUGACCUUGGCUUUUUCACCCAUGACCAUCGAGGCUGAAUCGAAGAUCUUCGUUCUUCCGGCAGACAAAACCGAGUAUGAAUUCUUCAAUUUGAAUUUCAGAGGCGCCAGGAAAACAAUUGUCGUUUCGGGCGCUGACUUGUUCGAAAUCCGUGAGGUUGGUCCGUCCAGUUCCUUUGAUGCAAGACCAGAGGUGAAAUUUCCAUCUGGAGAGCCAGUGAAAUCAUUUAUCUUUGAAUCUUCUGACGGCUCGCCUGGUUUUGUUAAGCAGAGUGCAAAUGUGUUGACGCUCUCCAAAUUUGACAUCAUAUUCCCGACCAUUUUGUCGUUGGAAGCACAUUCGACAAACAAAUCUGAGCGAUUCAAGACCGAGGAGGAUCUUCUAGACGAUGUUUCCGCAAGCUUGGGUGGCGAGUCGCUUCACAUCGCCAUUCAAACGUCUAUAGUACAAGCAUUGGCCAAGAUUUGCGAGACUUUGGACGAGAAUGGCGAAAAGUACUAUCGUGUAAGCCAAGCUAAAAUCAUGGCAGUUCUAGAUCAGAAAGUGAAAGCUCUACUGACACUUCUACUGACCGGCAAAGCACCAGCACUAGGUGCGUUUAUAGAAGAGAGUCUCGGUGGUGUAGAGGCAAUAGCUCCGAGAGACAUUGUCGAAUUACAAACUCUACGGUUCAGCAUAGACUACGUUUUUGAUUCGUAUCUAUCGCAGGAUCUAAAAAAUAUGUAUUAUGAGACGUGCACGGUCAAUUUUGACCAACUCGACAAGUUCAUCUCUGAGAGAAACCUGCGAGAGAAGGCUCGUGUCGCAGUGGAAGAGAACAGGGCUGCCAUCACUGGGAACAAGAGAACCGCAAACAAAGCGAGCGACAAGUCAAAGCCUUCAAAGAAAAAGGCCGUCAAAGUAGCUGUUGGCAAAGGUGCAUUGGACAGUUUUUUUGGGAAAAAAUAG